GAUUGAACAGACUUUUUCCGAAUUUUAAAGUUUUGUUUUUCUUCUUUUUGAUUAGGAAACUGUUCAAAUUGGGCUCUGUCCGAUCCUUCCCACUUGUCUACUUCCUACCUAUUCCUCCCCCUCCAGUCCGGGUACUGGGCCAGUCCAUCAGAUUGGCCCUCGGGUGACUCUUCCGACUGCGGGCACAGCAGUGCAUGACACUGCUCACUCGAUCACAGACCAAGGCCAUGGACCGGAAGGCGGGAGAAUCCCUUCUGGCCUAUGAGGAACGCCUGGCGGCAUUCAUUCAGGAGGCCAACGAUAGGGCCGCCGCCACGGCGAAGAAACGUAAUCGGCUCGAACAAGAGGAGGAGGCCAAUCGACAGAAGGAGGAACAGGACCGACUUCGUCAGGAAGAGGUAGACCUGCAGGCGGCAGCCGAACACCGGUCACGCCAGCGGGAUCGACUGUUCACGCGGGAGACCGUCAUCGGCGAUGAGGCCGCACAUUGGGUCUCCCACGACCUCGUGGCCACCUGCGCUCUGCAGCAAGAGGAAAUCCUUCACCUGCAGCAGACAGUGGACCAGAUGCUCGCACGGCCGCAGGCGUUGGAGAAACAGCCAGCUGCUAUAGCAGCCGCAGGGCCUUCCACCCUUACCACCCGUGUGCAAGUUUUGGAGGAUGACGUCAGCAACAUCAAGCGUGUGCAUCAGGACUUCCGGACGUCGCAGCAAGCAACGAACUUGCAGUUGGAGACGCGGGUCCAGGCUGCUGCCACCGUGAUGCCCGCCGCCGCAUCCUCCCGGCGCCCACCCAAGCCGGAUGACAUUCCCGUCUUCUGCGAUCAGUCCAAGACGGAACCGAUCCCGUGGUGGCGCCAGUUUACUCUCAGGCUCGACAUGCACCAUGUCCCGAACAACGAUCGACAUCCGUGCUUGUACCACCGACCUGGUGGUAAGUGUCAAGCAUGGCUAGACAACAUCUUGACCAGCCACGGCAUAGCAGUGUCGGAACUGCACACCAAGCUCACUUGGCAGGAGUUGGCUGGCGCCUGGCACAAGCGAUUCCAAGUGGAGCCGCCCGACUUGCAAGUGAUGGACAAGCUCUACAAGCUUCAUCAGAACACGCUACUCAACGAAGUCGCGAUGGGGGACAUGCUUGGCUACGUUGCCAAGGUGGCCCGCGAGUUUGUCUCGCAACGGUACGAAGAAAACAACGCACCAUUGAUCUACGUUCGCAUUCAGAUUGGGCAAGUGGCCUGCAACGCUUUGCUAGAUUGCGGCGCAACUCGCAACUUCAUCAGCCAGUCCUUCAUGACUCGGGCUGGCCUUGGCGCACAAGUACGGAGGAAGUCACAUCCGACGACGGUCGCUCUUGCCGACGGUAAGACGGAACAACUUUUAGACUGUUACAUCUCGGCUGUCCCGGUGUACUUUGCACUGCACGCAUGUGAAUCCGUCACUUUUGACGUGUUGGACACCAACUUCGAUGCCAUUUUGGGGAUGCCUUGGCUUUCUAGCGCGGACCACACGGUCAAUUUCCAUCGACACACGCUCACGAUUCAUGAUGCAACUGGCGCCGAGGUCCCGUGUAAUAUUCCUCCUCCUCGCUCUUCCAUUAGGUGCCAAGUCGUGAGUGCCAAAUCUUUUCGAGACACAUGCCGUUCCGAGCAUGUUGAAGAGAUUGGCUUCGCUUUGCUUCGAACCGUCCCGACGACCGAUUCAUCGUCCACAGAAGUGUCUUCCGACCCCCGUGUGACCCGGUUGUUAGACGAGUUCUCGGAUGUUUUUGAGACACCCUCCGGUAUAGUGCCAGACCGGCCAAUCUCUCACGAGAUCAUACUUGAGGCUGGCGCCGUGCCACCGAAAGGAUGCAUUUAUCGCAUGUCCAAGGAGGAGCUCACGGUUCUCCGUGCGCAACUCGACGAUCUACUCGACAAGGCCCGGUACAAAGCUAACCGCGACAAAUGCGAAUUUGUCCGGCAGGAGCUUGAAUACUUGGGUCAUUUUGUCUCUCCGGAAGGCAUUCGUCUGUUGGCGGACAAGAUUCAAGCCAUCCAGGAGUGGCUCGAGCCGAAGAAUGCGACGGACGUCCGAUCCUUCCUUGGCUUGGCCGGCUAUUAUCAGCGCUUCAUCAAGGGUUACUCGAAGAUCGCGGCCAACCUAAGCAAGUUACAAAGCGAGGAGCGGCCUUUUGACUUCGACGACGACGCGCGCCAUUCUUUUGAGACACUCAAAGCGGCACUCUUGUCAACCGAGGUGUUACAUAUUUACGACCCGCUUCUAGCUACGCACGUCACUACCGAUGCGUCGGGCUAUGGCAUUGGGGCCGUCCUUGAGCAGCACGAUGGCACGGACUGGCACCCGGUCGAAUACUUUAGCAAGAAAGUACCUCCCGUGCAUUCGAUCGACGACGCACGGAAGAAGGAGCUUCUUGCCUUCUUCCACGCCCUUAAGCGAUGCAUUUAUCGCAUGUCCAAGGAGGAGCUCACGGUUCUCCAUGCGCAACUCGACGAUCUACUCGACAAGGGUUGGAUCCGCCCUAGCAGCUCACCUUACGGUGCGCCCGUUCUCUUCGUUCGGAACAAGAACAAGGAUCUUCGACUUUGCAUUGACUACCGACGCCUCAACGUGCAAACCAUCAAGAACGCGGGGCCUCUACCUCGCAUUGACGAUUUGCUUGAGCGGUUGGGCGGCGCCAAGUACUUUUUGUUCACCAAUGCCCCAGCCACCUUUCAGGCGGCCAUGACCACCGAGUUUUAUGCUAUGUUGGACCGCUUUGUUUUGGUCUACUUAGACGACAUCCUCGUCGAUAGCCGAACUCUAGAGGAGCAUCUCGAGCACCUUCGCCUUGUUCUAGAGACUCUUCAGGCAUCCCGGUACAAAGCUAACCGCGACAAAUGCGAAUUUGUCUGGCAGGAGCUUGAAUACUUGGGUCAUUUUGUCUCUCCCGAAGGCAUUCGUCUGUUGGCGGACAAGAUUCAAGCCAUCCAGGAGUGGCUCGAGCCGAAGAAUGCGACGGACGUCCGAUCCUUCCUCGGCUUGGCCGGUUAUUAUCAGCGCUUCAUCAAGGUUUACUCGAAGAUCGCGGCCAACCUAAGCAAGUUACAAAGCGAGGAGCGGCAUUUUGACUUCGACGACGACGCGCGCCAUUCUUUUGAGACACUCAAAGCGGCACUCUUGUCCGCCGAGGUGUUACAUAUUUACGACCCGCUUCUAGCUACGCGCGUCAUUACCGAUGCAUCGGACUAUGGCAUUGGGGCCGUCCUUGAGCAGCACGAUGGCAUGGACUGGCACCCGGUCGAGUACUUUAGCAAGAAAGUACCUCCCGUGCAUUCGAUCGACGACGCACGGAAGAAGGAGCUUCUUGCCUUCUUCCACGCCCUCGAGCGUUGGCGACAUUUUCUCCUUAGUCAGAAAGCAUUCCGAUGGGUAACGGAUAACAAUCCGUUGAACGAGGUGGGCGGAUUCCUGGACAGAUUCACGGUGAUGGCAUUGGAACUACGCGAGCUCACAGCGUCCACCAAAUCAUUUCUACGGAGGAUAAUCUUGAAGAAGGUGAGAGCGAGGAUGACGAAAUACAGGGAGCAGCACAGGCACGUGACCGAGGAGCCGUUCGAGCAUCUAGCUGUCAAGCGGGAACUGGGGUUCCUCACCGGCCGCUUCCUCAUCUGUCCGGCGGAUAAAGCCUCGAGCACUCCGGCCUUCGUAUGCAAGAACUUCAUACGGAAGCUCGCCUUUGAGAUGUUGUCUGGACAUGAGUUUGCGAGCAUCGUCCCCCCCCUUGCAGCAGUCAUCUCACGAAUACAGUGCGAGCUUUCAGCUAUGCCCGUGCUGUCGACUGCACCAGCGACACUCCCGUACCUGAUGACGGUGUUUAAGGCGCAUAAAAGCACGCUUCACUGGAUCACGAACACGGCCAAGACAGUUGUUUCCCCGGAAGCGGACCUUUGCGCUUGUCUGCUUCAGUUUCUCCUUCCCCUGGUGCAGACGUUCUGUAAGGAGAGAAGCUGGGAGGUGGAGGAAUGGUUUGGUGUGAACUUGAGGCGAACUUGUGGUGGUGCGAAGGGAGAGGAGCUCGAGCCAUACCAUUCGAAUCAAGGAAGGACGAACGACAAGUUGUGGCCAUCGUGGGUGGAUGGCGAUCAGGCGGAGGGUAUGGGGUCUAUGCUGUUCAGGGAGGAGGAUGUCUGCUGGCUCACGGAGUGCUGCAUCGCCAACAGCGUGUUACGCAUGGGGGACGAUGUGUGGAGGCAGGUCAGGGGCUUCCCCAUGGGCUUGGCCUGCUCCCCGAUCUCGUGCGAUAUCUAUUUUUUUAAGUAUGAAUAUCACGCCAUGAUGAGAUUGGCAGAUACUGGGAAUGCGCAUCUGAUUCCAUACUUCUCGGACACCUUCAAGUACAUCGAUGACCUGGGCGCAAUCAACAACACCAUCAUCAAGAGUUUCAUGCGGAAGAAGGAGGACAGGGAGGAGAACGACCCGUGUUGGAUCUACCCAGACGAGUACAUAGAAAUUAAGGAGAAUACUGAGGUUGCGGUGGAUGAGUGCGGGCGAAAAGUCAACUUCCUCAGUUUGACCAUUACGAUCACCUCUCCUUUGCGGGGACGUACGUGGUACCAAGCGGUUGUCGGGGCGUGUGGCAGGAGGGGAGGUGCUUACUCUCGGACGGGCGGGGGGUUGUCGGGGCGUGUGGAAGGAGGGGAAGUGCUUACAACCGACGAGACGGCGUGGUUCGAGUAGAUGACACGACGACGUCGACGACUCAUCCCCUUUAGGAAGGCAGGAGACGAGGAGAUAUGGGUCAUCCGUUGCUACCGUGGCAGGGGGAGGGAGUGUUUCAUCAACACGCAUCAUGGGUGGGAGAGGUGGAGAGGCAGUGGUAAGGGGAAGGGAGGUCGACGGUACAGACAACUUCGUUCGUCUUCCAUGUCGUCUUUAUAUUGAUUGUCCAUCGACCUUCUUACUAUUUUGUACAUUGUCUAGAAUGAUGUACGUAUAGUUAGGUCUUAGGCACUUAAAGC